AUGCCGGCGCUUCACACUCAGGCAGAGAUGGAGUGGGGACAGAAGAGUUGUGGAGGGCACCAUCAGAUCAUGAACAUCCGUCUUCCUCUGCCUCCACACAUCUUCCUUUCUCUUUCUCACGAGCGGGAGCAGAAGCAGAAGCUACUCGACCCUGCCCCAGUUCGCAUAUCACAACGGUUCUCUGAACACAACAACCAAGAGGAGGAGGACAACCUGCCUUUAUCAGAGGACGACAAGAAGAAAUACGAAGAGCUGGACAGGCAGGUCCUGCUGGCCGAGCAGCGGAGGGAAGAGGAGAGACUUCAGCAGGAAGACCAACAGAGAGAGAAGCAGGAGAAGAUCAAAGCUGUGGAGGAGCGAGCAAAGAGGCGGAAGAUGCGCGAAGACAGAGCCUGGUUACUGUCUGAAGGAAAGGACCUGCCGCCUGAACUGCUCAAUCUGGAGCCUUCCUCUCCUGUCCACAGAACACGCCGGAAUAAAGCAUUCUAUGAAAUCGACGACGACUACACAGAUUUAUACAAAGUGCUUGAGGUCUUGAAAGCUCAUAAAGACGCGUGGCCUUUCUUGGAGCCUGUGGAUGAAUCCUAUGCCCCCAACUACCAUGAGCUCAUCCAGACACCCAUGGACCUGUCCACCAUUGAAAAGAAGCUGAAUGACGGGGAUUAUGUUUCUAAGGAGGAGUUUGCUGCCGACGUGAAGCUCAUGUUCGAGAACUGCGUAGAGUACAAUGGAGAUGACAGCGAGUACAGUAUCAUGGCGGAGUCUCUGGGACGGUGUUUUAGCCGGGCCUUAUUAAAACACUUUCCCUCAGAGGAUGGCGACACGGACGAGGAAUUCCACAUCAGCAGUGAAGACAAGGAGCGCAAAGACAAAAAGCGUAACCGCGGCAGCAGUAGACAUUCGGGACCUGAGAGUCUGAUCAGGGCCACAGAGCAUGUCCAACGCAAGAGAACCGCCCAAGGGGGCAAGGGCAGCACCCUCUCUGAAGAAGAGGAGAGCAAACGACCACGACCAGCUCCUCCCCUACGCUGGGUCAAUGGCCCCCUGCACCCCCACAGCCUGCCUCCAGGCCAGCAACACCACAUGCAUCAAGGGGGCAUGUACCACCCAGGGCAACAGCUUCAUCGGCCCCCCGGUCCCCCUGGUCCUCAUGGCCCACACAUGUAUGGCCAAAGAAUGGCCAUGGACCCCCGCUUCGCUUACCCAGCUCACAUUCCUCGGCAUGGAGACCCCAGUUUAAACCACAUGCCCCACAACUUUAACAUGCAGCAUCGCAUGGUAGAUGGACAUCACAUGGGCCCCAGGUAUCCAAUGGGUUCAGAUCCUAACCAGCAGCAGCCCUCUCACCAGCAGCAGCACCGCUACAUGGGCCCCACCCACGGACCCUCUCUGGGCCCCCGUCCCGUCGGCCUCCAUCCUGGCCCUCCUCCUGAGGCCAGCAUGUAUCCAUCCCAUCAUCGUCCGGAGGGCCACUGCAUGCACCCUAUGGCUAACAGAUUCCCAGGGCCGGAAGGACCACAUCAGCACAACUACCCAGGCAUGAGACCCCCCAGUAUGGGCAUGGCCAACAUGUGGACUGGUAUGAAUCACCAGGACAGACCCAGCGGGAUGCGCAUGCAGGACCCCAACAUGGUGAACCAGCACAGCUUCGGUUACGGUGGGGUCCCCCCUCCAGUGGGACAUAAACCCUGGCCAGAAGCGGCUGGAUACCCCCACCCUCCUCCCAAUGCCCAGUAUCAAAUGUCUGCAGCGGUCAGCUCCCAGGGGCCCAUGUCCUCUCACCCCCCUGUUCCCCACCCAGACUCCUCUGGCAGGACACGCUUGGCCUCCAUGUUGGAGAGCCCUGAGAUGCUGGCCCUGCAGCAGCUGUCCGCCUCUUCCAGACCCCCUGCCGGUGCCCCUCAUCAGCACAUGGGCAACUUUCAGCAGCCCGGGCCCCCAUCAGGAAUUGGCAGCAACCCAGCUCACCCCUCUCAGCAGCCCCCCCCUGCCCCUGAGGUUCAGCUGCUGCAUCCCGCCAGAGACAAUGGGCCAGACAGCCGGCCCUCCCAGCAGACAGACUCGCUGCCCAAAGACUCAACAUCAGAGGAACAAACAGCCGCCAACAACAUUUCUGCUGAAGCUCCAUCACACCAAAACACUGUUUCAACUAACCAGGAGCAUCCGUCCAUCCGAAGCCCCUCAGAACAUCACAUUGGGCCCUCAGAAAGACUUCAGAGCCCCCCAGCCUUGAUCUCGGGCAGACCCCAGGAGAAUCCUUCAGGACCCAGUCUCCCACAGAUUUCAACAGGGAACCACAAGCAGGAGGCGGACCGCCAGAGACAAUCUGCCAGCCACUCUCCCUCUCAACACACUACUGUUUCAUCCCACCUCAACUCCACUGAUCCUACUCACCCUAACCACCCAGCGCCCACACAGGAGGGUCCGCAGCAAAAAGCUCAGAGCCCCGCACUUCUUCACCAGAACGUACCGCCACUGCACGCUUCAGCGGGGCUGAACUCCACUCAGCAAAUGUCAGAGAGCAUCCUGCCCCACAUGCAGAAUGCACAUCAGGAGGACACACUUCAGGCCCCACAGAGUACCCCUCCCCAGCAGAUGAUCCAGAGCACACAGCAAUACAAUCCCCCUCUUCACGCCCCCCAAAACGUCUCCCCGCAGCGCCCCGCACAGAGCAGCCCCAUGCACGGGAUGCCUCAGAACGCCACACAAGUAGCCCAGCCCGGACGCCCUCAGCCAGUCCCGCUCACCUCUCUGCCCCCCAGUCAUCCUACCCCACUGUUACCAUGCCAGCCCAGCCCUGCGGACCAUGGAGAUCAAAGACCUAGUGAGCCGACGAGCUGCCCGGCGGACACAGACGUUCCUCCGCAGCACAUGAUGAAAUCUGGGCCUCCGAAUGGGAUUCACAAGCAGCAGGCUUUCAGCCCAAACCCCCACCAGACCCAGCAGAGAGGGCCCGCUCACAACCCUGCCAUGCCCCCUCACUCCCAAGGUCAGGCAAAUGGAGCCAUGGGUGCAUACAGCAUGGGGGGCCAUCCAAACUACAGCCAGACGAACAUCAGCAGGUCCAUGCCUCAGUCUGCUCACCACCCCUAUCAUAGCCAGGUUAACCCCCUCCACAACCCCUCUCAGCACCCCGUCUACCACCAGCAGGGAGGGGCUGCCUACUCCUACCACACAGCAGGCCAGCAGCACCCCCAGGCCCACCCCAACAUGUACCCACAGCAUCAGUACCAGCAGCAACACUACUACGCACAACCCCACCUCCAGGCUCAGGCUCAUAACCAGGUGAACAGCAGGGGGGGUUACCCUGCAGAGGAGUGGCACCGGCAUCAGUAUCAGCCUCGCCACCCUAUGCCCCCCAACGCCUACCUGCCUGCAGCUAGUGCCAGAGGUCACCUGAAGGAGAGCAGUAUGUCCCCACUGGGCUCUGAGGGUCUGGUGUCCCCUGGCCCCGGGCCUGAGACGGGGCCGCAGCCUGGGGGCCCGGAGGAGAGGCGGUGUGUGAGCAGGGAGCAGGACGGGGGGGGCAGCCCGGCAAAGCAGGCUCACACAGAGGGGUCAGAGCGGCCUGAAAGCCCGAAAGAACUCCUGGACCUCGACAGCCACAACGCUGCCGCCCGCCGCCGCAGCGCCCAGCAGCACCCCCCCGCCUCCCACAUGGUGUCCGGGUUCAUGUACGACCCCCGCGCCGUGCACCCUGGGAUGCAGCGAGGGGGCGUUCCUCCCCCACACAUGAUGUUUCAGUCUUCAGGCAAUGGAGCACCAUACCCCGGCCAACAUUACGCCGAUCCCGGGCGAUAUGCCGCCCAAAGACCCCACCCUCACCUGAUGGAGGCUCUGCAGCGGCCCCAGCAGCUGCCCUUCUCCCCGGGGCAGACGCGCAUGGCCAUGUACGGACACCCCCGGCCUGCAGGGCACUUCCAGGGCAUGAUGAUGCAGCAAAGAGGCCUGGCACCGGAACACUUCCUGCACCCUGGGCAACAGAUGAUGGCUGCUCCCGGUGGCCCUAGCAGUAAAUAAGGAGCGUGACAAAUAACAAAUCAGAGCAUGUCGUUAUCAAAGAACAUCUGGACAAAGCACUGAGCCAAGAGCAAGAACAUGUGUGUGUGCUGAUGGAGACUGUAGAUGGGACUCUUCGCUCCACAGACUGAUCAUCUUUCAAUGGACAGGAACUGUUGGCUCGGUUUUGGCCCAUCACUGAUCUUGGAAGAUCCAACCAGGCAGCUGGUAUCACUGCGAUAAUAAUACUGUGAACUGGUAUCGAGCCCUGUAAAAAAGACUCUUUUUGCUUGCCCUUCUUUAAGUAGAACUGACUUGACUGCUUGACAUUCACCUAAGUGGUUUUGAUCCAGGGCCCUCCAUCAGAAGGGUGUUCUUUUUAACCACUUGGCCAAUCUGUCCAUGACAGCCCUGCGAGAACAGAGAACACUGGACAGCCCUCUCCUCUUUGAGAAAUGGAACUUUAAAUGGAUUAAACGACACUGAGCACGAUCAUGUCCAUUGACAGCAGGGCUUGAUGAAUCUUUUAACGAUAACUAAGGAGGAUUGUGGUGAAGAUAAGAUGGACUGCUGUUUUUAACGUUUCCUGUUCCAACUUUAUCUUUAAACUCAGGUGUAGAAAAGGAGGUACUUUGAGACUGUCACCCUAACCCAGGCGACUCACAGGCCCCUUUGCAAUUGCCUUGGUUUCCUUUGUGAAUGUAUGAGUGAAUGUGUAGACAAUGAGCUAUGCAGACUAGCUGCAAGGACACAAACACGGAUAAACCGUCCUGCAAAAAGGCCCAGAUACUUUUCAUUUCCGGUCCAAACCUUGCAGUGUUUCAGAGUAAACACGCUGUUUAUGCAUCUUCUCAAAGCUGCCUUCACUGUCAAGAAUGUCUUUCGACUAGCAGAGUGGCAAGACGCCGCAAUUUGUGUCCAACAAUCUCUGUUGUGCACUAUGGGUUUCGUCUGUCUCGACAUCCUGGAAUUGAGUGGCCUUUGAUAGUUUUAUUUGAAUUCAAACACAUAUAUGUAUGAAAAAUAUAUCCUUACCUCUUGUCCCAGAUGGGGGCAGUUUUUCAAUGAUAUGUCCUGCUGGCGGGUAACACUUACCCAUCGAAUCCUGCUGGAAUUUUUUUUUUAUUGUGACAAUUGUUGCAUUCCACCUUCACAUUUGUACUUUGUCUCUUUAUUCACUGGCCUUCCCUUUGCAUGGUUGACUCUCUGAGUGCUUCCUCUUCCCCAUGUCAAUAUAAAUGUAUCCUCAGGGUGAACAGUUUCUAUAUACGGGUAUUUUUCUGCGUUAUGUGAAGGAGGAGCAGCAACAUGAAGACAAACGCAACUUGUUUAGGUCUGUUUAACAAUAUCUAUGGCUAAUCACACGGCCAAACCAUUUAACCCCUUCGGUCCCACCCCAAAAUAAAAUGACUUGGUUUUGUCCGGCACCCUACACCUUAUAACAUCCAUGUCGCACCUGUGGAACCUACUCGUGCAGUUCAUCGAUGGCAGCCAAUGAAUCUACCUCAUCUAGCCAAUCUGUGGCACUACUGAGCCCCCCCCCCUCCUUCUCCACAAACAUCCAGUCCUCACUUCUGUGGGUCAACAUUUUUUGACCACUUUUUGUUUGUCGUUCGGCUUCCAGGACUGACUAUGAAAUAGCAUCACAAUAGGUGUUCUUUAUGAGAAACAAUCCUUGAAAGUGUGAACUCUCUUUUUAGGGACAACACGUUCCUUCUCAGUUUUAGACGAUAUUACAUCACAUGUCUGAAUGAAAUAGGACUGUAAAUGAGUCUCUAGUUGUACAGAUUGCAUGCCUUUCUGCCUAGAGGUUGUAAAACUAGACCGUUUUCCAGUCUAGGGUCUGUAAUAGACUGCAUAGAGUUUGGGUUUACUACGUUUCUUAGUAAUAGGUACCUAAGGCAAUGAGAGGAGAUAUUUGAGGAAGGAUGAUGGAAUAGGAAAGUGCUAGAAGCUGUGAGACAAUUAUCUAAAUGUGUCACACAAGACUUGCUAUUUUGUUAAAAUAGGAAAUUGUCUUCAUAUUUAGGGGCUCCUUUUGGAGGUAGUUUGUUCACUCGUGCUGUCUGAAGUAUGAAGGACAGUGUUUAUUUGAAAGGUCCACGGUUAUGAUACUGUCGCUGUACAGAUGUUGUGUGUGUGUAUUUCUCUCUGGUGUGUAGAAUGGCACCAGAUGUUCGGAAGUGUGCAUUCAUCUCUCACUUUUACUCUGCUGUCACCUCUCUGCACUAGUGAAUACCAUUUUAGACGUGAUUAAAUGUGAAUCAUAUUUAUUUCUUCUUUUUAAGAAUUUUUGUACAUUUUUGGACUUGUUUUAAUAUAAAUGUGGUGUACGUUUUUCUUUUUUUCUUUCUUGAUGUUUCAAGCAGUUGUCUUUUACCUCGGUAGCAUGGUGGCAUUGAAAAAAGACCUGUGUUUAAUUUUUAAGUGACGUUUACAAGUUCUUAUCUGACUGAUAUAGAUUAUUUUGAAAAAUGGAACGGAGUAUUUUCUAUACUGUACAUUUCUUAGAAAUAAAUCUCUUUUCUU